AAGUCCACCUUUGGUCUCCGCCCCUCCCUCUCUCCACAACGUGAAGCAGGCUUGUGCUGUUAGUUUCCCCAUACGGGCCCUCAGCUUGAGAUGUUCACUCCGCUUCUCCCUCCACAGACACUGCCUGGCCCGCUGAGUGUUCCUGGCUUCUGCACUGUUUUUGCUGAGGUUUAUUCGCAGUUUGACUGUACAAAGGUGUUGUUUAUUCAGCAGGGAAAGGGUUACUCAUUGCCUAACCGUACAGAGCCACUGUUUAUUCAGCAGGGAAAGGGGUACUCAUUGUGUAACUGUACAGAGCCACUGUUUAUUCAGCAGGGAAAGGGUUACUCAUUGCCUAACCGUACAGAGCCACUGUUUAUUCAGCAGGGAAAGGGUUACUCAUUGCCUAACCGUACAGAGCCACUGUUUAUUCAGCAGGGAAAGGGUUACUCAUUGUGUAACCGUACAGAGCCACUGUUUAUUCAGGCAGGAGAGGGUUAGUCACAAUUUACUGUAGAGAGUUGGUGUUUAUUCAGCAAACUAAGGGUUACUCAGUUAUUCUGCAGGGUUAGAGUUACAGUCUACCUACUGUGUCAUGAUCUGUUCAGCGGGGCCAAGGGUCACCAUUAAUUUGACUGGGUAAAAUUUUGGUCUAUCACACAGGUACGGAUCAUGUACUGUGGGUGUAACUGUACAGUAGUGGUUCCCACCCUGUCACAGUGCUGUGAGACAUUGAUAACGUUGAACUAAUUUGUUCAGAGAGUUCACCAAAAGGAAACAAUAAAUUAAAAGUCUCGUUUGCUCCCCCCACCCCCCUCCCCAUGGGGUUGCUGGGAAUCCCCAGAAGAACUCCAGCGCCUUAAAAGGAGUGUCUGUGACAUCAUUGGGGGUUUAUUUCAGGAGGGGUGAGUGGAUAUUUCAUUGAGUGUCACCGAGGAAGGAAUUCAUUCAGAGUUUCGAUUCCCAAGAGUUCCUCUUGAUUCACGGUGCCUCAGUUUGAAGUGUCCAAAUUAUUACAAGGCAUAAUCACUUUGUAACUUUCGGAAGUCAUUGUUCGUCAAACUGUAUGCUAUCUUUAUCCAUACAGCGUUGGUCGUUAUUCAUGGAUGUCCGUACCCCUCCCCCUCACCCCUCAAGAACCUGGAGCGUUUGAGGUCUCUGGGCCUGUACUCGAGUUCAAAGGGAUGAGGGGGAUCUCAUUGAAACCUCCUGGAUACUGAAAGGCCUGGAUAGAGUGGACGUGGAGAGGAUGUUUCCAUCAGUGGGAGAGUCCAGGAUCCGAGGGAACAGCCUCAGAAUAAAGGGACGUCCCUUUGGAACAGACGAGGAGGAAUUUCUUCAGCCAGAGGGCGGUGAAUCUAUGGAAUUCGUUGCCACAGAGGGCAGUGGAGGCCAAAUUAUUGGGUGUAUUUAAGGCAGAGAUCAAUAGGUUCUUGAUUGGUGAGGGGGUUCAAGGUUACGGGGAGAAUGGGGUUGAGAAAAAAACCAGCCAUGGUUUUUGGCGGAGCAGACUCGAUGGGCCGAAUGGCCCUAUAUCUUGGUGUUACGACGAGGGCUGAGUGCAUUAAUGAGGAUUAUGGAGGUGUGGGAGUGGAUGUAGGGGAGGUUGAGGAGGGUGACCCGGUGCAUCAUCAGACCAGGGGUGCUGUGACCAGGGAGCAGCUGAGGGGAGAGGCCUUUAACCCGAAUGGAGAUGGAGAGCAUGCGGAGGGCAUUUACACUGGUGGGGGAGAGAUGAACCAGAGGCCGUCAUUGUCCCGACGGCCCCCCAGAUAUCCAGUCGGGAAUUCAGAGGGAAGUCCUUGAGCCAGAGAGCAGUGGGAGUGUGGAUCUCGCUCCCAGGGAGCGGGUGAGGUGAAUCGUACUGCGGAGUUUGAGGGGGUUCCUGGGAAAGGUACAGAGGGGCCCGUUGACAUGAGGAGUUACGUAGAGCAGUAGUGCUAGCAGUCUCUGGUUAGGCUGAAUGGCCUGUUUUUGGUGGAGUGGACACAGUUCCCUUUAUGUCCCCUGUGUUGGAAUAUGGGAAUAAGGCCACCAGCUUGUGCACAGCAAGAUCCCACAAAGAGCACCGUGAUAAGGUCCAGGUCACCAUCUUCACUGGGGGCAGGUACUGGCCCCAGGGUACUGGGGAGAAUUCCCCUGUGCAGCGGCCAUUGAGAGGGGGGUUUAUAUUCACCAAGAGGUGUAACAUCUCACCUGGAAAAGGCACUGCGGUGUCAGUCUGGAUUCUAGUAGCCGAGGCUUCUGAACCUGUGCUCUGAGACAGCUGGGGAGUGGUGUAGAACAGAGGGACCUAGGAGCACAAGUACAUGGUUCCCUGACAGUGGAGUCACAGGUAGACAGGGCGGUGAAGAAGGUGUUCGGCACGCUGGCCUUCAUCAGUCAGGGCACUGAGUACAGGAGUUGGGAGGUUAUGUUGCAGUUGUACAAGGUGUUGGUGAGGUCGCGUUUGGAAUAUUGUGUUCAGUUCUGGUCACCCUGCUGUAGGAAAGAUGCCAUUAAGCUGGAAAGAGUGCAGAGGAGAUUUAAAAUAAUGUUGCCAGGAGAGCCUGAGUUAUAGGGAGAGGUUAGGCAGGCUGGGACUUUAUUCCUUGGAGUGUAGGAGAAUGAGGGGUGUUCUGAUAGAGGUGUAUAAAAUCAUGAGGGGCACAGAUAGGGUGAAUACACAUAGUCUUGUUUACAAAAAUUAGAGGGCGUAGGUUUAAGGUGAGAGGGAAAAGGUUUAAAAGGGACCUGAGGGGCAACUUCUUCACACAGAGGGUGUAUAUGGAACGAGCUAGAACACCUGCGCUCCGUCCGUAACCGCGACCUGCAUCUCCCCGUUGCCGGUCACUUCAGCUCCCCCUCCCGCACUAUCACUGAUACGUCAGUCCUCGGCCUCCUCCACUGCCGGGAGAAUUCCAAGCGCAAACUGCAGGAACAGCUCCUCAUUUUCCGUCUUGGAACCUUGCAGCCUCACGUCAUGAACAUUGAAUUCUCCCACUUUAGGUAAUCCCCACCCCCCCUUCCCCACACCCCCCCCCCCCCCCACUGUACUUCUUCUCUUCUUCCCUUUCCUAGCCUCCUUUUUUCCCUCUCUCCUUACCUUUGCCCCGUCCCCCGGUGGAUCUGCUCUCCCCUCCUCCCCCACACCUGCCCAUCACUGUCUCUUACCUGCAUCUACCUAUCACCAGCCUGUGCCCACCCCACCUCCCCUCCUUUGUCCACCUAUCACUGCUCUGUUUUUCCCUCCUAUAUAUCGGGCUUCCCUUUUUCCUAUCUUCAGUCCUGAAGAAGGGUCCUGACGCCGAAACGUUGACCGCCUGCUUUUCUCCACGGAUGCUGCCUGGCCUGCUGAGUUCCUCCAGCAUCAUCGUGCUUUUCAUCCAGAUUCCAGCAUCCGCAGUCCUUUGUUUCUCCUAAAUUAAGUCCCAACCUAUUCAACCUCUUCCCUAUAACUCAGGCCCUUGACUUCCAGCAACAUCCUCACAAAUCUCCUCCACAGUCUUCCCAGCUUCCUGGAAUCUUUCCUUCGACAGGGUGACCAACGCUGAACGCAGUACUCCCAAGUGCAACCUCACCAACACCUUGUACAAUUUUGUUGGCUUCCAUGCGAUCACCUCUCCCUCUUCUAAACCAAGCCACAACUGAGAGGCUAAAAUCUGGGCGCAUGAUCCCAAUGUUUUGUGGGUCCUUUGCCAGGAACAAUAGUGUCCUGGAAGGAGAGCAGGUGUAGAGUUGUGGAAAAAUACAACAGGGAAAAAAGACCCUUCAGCACACCAAGUCACUGUGAACAAUCAGCCAUCCAUAAUGGGCAGACCCUCUGAGAUUUAGACUAACAAUAAAUCGUGUCCCUAAUGUCAUUAUGCUGUGCGUCUGUGAGGCAGUUAAGGAUAGCUUCUUUUAUAUAUAUAUUCUUUCCAGGGGCUGAGCCAGCAUUUAGCUGCCCUCCCUAGGGGUGAACUGCCUUCUUGAACUGCUGCAGUUUGGGUGUUAAGGAGGGAGUUCCAGGAUUUUGACCCAGUGACGGUGAAGGAACGGCAAUAUAUUUCCACGUCAGGAUGGUGUGUGGCUUUGAGGGUAACUUCCAGGGGGUGGUGUCCCCCAUGCUUUUGCUGCCCUUGUCCUUCUAGCUGGUCGGGUGGAUAGUGGCGUUCAAAUUCAGAAAGAUCUGGUCACGGUCGGUGACUAUGGAGGUAGAACCAACCUUGCUCCAAGCAGGUGUCAGAGCAAAGCUCUGGGAGCAAGGAAGACCCAGUGUUGGGUCAUGGAAUCUGGUUGACAGGAACAACGGAGAGAGCAUUCAGAGGGAACACCGCUUGUUACCCCAGAUGAAAACAGAUGUCACUGCAAGUCCCGCCAUAAUCGGUGGAGUCUCAGUGACCAGUUAUGUUGCAGCUUUGUAAAACCCUGGUUCGGCCGCACCUGGAGUAUUGCGUUCAAUUCUGGUCGCCCCGUUACAGGAAGGAUGUGGAGGCUUUGGAGAGGGUGCAGAAGAGGUUCACCGGGAUGCUGGGGGUAUGAGCUACGAGGAGAGGUCGGACAAACUUGGGUUGUUUUCUCUGGAGCAGCGGAGGCUGAGGGGAGACCUGAUAGGGAUUUAUAAGAUUAUGAGAGGCAGAGAUUGGGUAGACAGCUGGUAUCUUUUCCCCAGGGUCAAAAUCCCUAAUACUAGAGGGCAUGCCUUUAAGGUGAGAGGGGGGAAGUUUAAAGGGGAUGUGCGGGGCGAGUUUUUUACACAGAGAGCGGUGGGUGCCUGGAAUGCGCUGCCAGGGGUGGUGGUGGAGGCAGAUACGAUAGAGGUGUUUUAAGAGGCACAUUAACUUCUAUGUACACAUUAACAGGUAUGCAGGGGAUGGAGGGAUAGGGACCAUGGGCAGGCAGAAGCGAUUAGGUGACAUUCCCUUCAUUAUUUCGGCACAACAUUGUGGGCCGAAGGGCCUGUUCCUGAGCUGUACUGUUUCGUGCUCAGUUCCCUGCCGUCAAGAUGUCAUCUGUAGUUGAAUUCCCGGUGGCUUCUGUUAGGGGGUCACUGGGGGAGGGGGAAGUGUGUACGUCAGGGGAGCAAGGUGGUUACAGUGACCUCAGAAGAUGUAAUGUCAUAUAGGUACAACUUAUCCUCUUCCUGAUCGUCAUUGGAGACCUUUACGGACUGUUCUGCUGGGGGACUGCCCCCUUAAGAGAGGGCCUUAAUGCUCGCUGUUCUAUUAGGCACGGGGCGCAUUUACUUGAGUUUAUAUCCACACACAAGUGGAAGAGGGGAUGGGGUGAUAGGGCAGGGCUGGAGAUGCAGUGACAGUGGAACAAGUGGUGGUUCGAGGCAUGAGCUGGGAGAUGGACAUGACUGCUCUACAGGGUCCUUUAGCGAUGAGGGAAUCCCGGCUGUGACGUAUAGUGGGCGGUGUCCCUCUGACGCUAUCCUGUGUGGGGGAAGGGGCUGGCUAGGAGUUUUUUUAAAAAACACAUUUCUAUUUCUUUGUGUGUUAACGACACUCUGGGCAACAACAAGAAAGUGUCUCAUACGCCCUCCGAUGAAUCAUUCGGAGAGGGGAGAGGGGAAAAAGAGCCAGUGCAGCUUCUGAGCAGGCAGUGAGCACAGUUGUCGGAGUGUCUCAGAACAAGUUCCAGACAUUGCCUGAGACCGUGGAAUUUAAAAAAACCUUUUUGUGUGCUUGAACUCAGAGCAUCACAGUAAGGCAUGUCGGUUUGUCGUCUGGGAAGUGGCUGGGAAUCCUGAGGACAACCUGCCCAAGUCAAUCGCCCACUUCCUUCUCUCGUACCCCAACUUCACGUGGAUGAGACAAAGAGGGAUUGUUGACUGGAGGAAGUGGACAGUGAACUUCUGGACCGGCGCUCCUGACUGUGUACCCCUUCCCCUUGAGAAGAAUUGGAAAGAAAAGGCGGCUGGAAACACUGAUUAAGCACAGGGCAAGUGUGAAGAAACCAGCUCCUCACAGGGACAGAUAUGUCCGGAGGCAAGAGUUUUAAUGGUCAGGAAAGUUUUGCUACGGAGACCAGAAGAGCACAGCUGAUUGGUUGAAGGAGGCGUGCGAGCUGAGAUUCGAUUGGCCGCCGGGCGUGUCUGUGAGCUCCGACUGGAUGCAUCACCCGACGGAACAAUUUGGGGUGCGGGCUGCCCGUGAAGCGUUCUCCAUCAGCAGCCUGGGCCGUUCUGGGGGGGGCUGGAGCCCAGCCCCCCAACGCCCCUGGGCUCCCGGCAGCAGGUGCUCUGCCAGUGUGGGCCAACCCCAGUACAACCUGUACCCACCUCACGUGCCGAGUGUGGGACACUCCGCGAAGCCCUAUGGUGCCUCGGGGUUGCCUCGGCCAUUUCACAGUAAGCUGGAUGGGAUCCACAGCUGCGUGCAGUCCCUGCUGCAGGAACAGCCCCAGCCCCGCGUCUGGGAGCAGCUGGGCCAGAUCUACGAGUCGGAGCAGGAGCUGGAGGACGCCAUCAAGUGCUACCAGACCGCGGCACGGUACACCAGCGGCUACGGUUACGCUGACCUCACCAGCAGGAUCAGCCGACUGCAGCAGGUCCACGUCUGGAAGCUGCACUCCAGCGUCGCCCAGAGCCGCUCUCGGACGCUGCCCCCGCUGCAGGAAGUCUGGAAUCUUCUGCAACAGAAGCGAAGCUGCAAUGCCCCCAAGAACGGCUGCCAGUUGAAGAGACCGGCGGGCCCCUCGGACCACUGCGGACAGCAGCCCCCCCCAUCGCCCUCCCCCCACCAGGGGGCCUGGUCCCUGCACAGCAACGACGUGCCGAACCCAGUGAAGAGGCGGCGAAGUGGGAGCCCCGACCAGGCGCCAAGCCACCAGGCCCACGGUUCAGGAGCACAGCGGCUGGGCGAUCCCUCCCACUCCGGCUCUCUCUCCCACACCCAGUACCAGGCACAGAGAGCAGACACCACCUGGCACCACGCACACAAGGAGCCAUGGUCGCAAGGAAGAAGGGAAUCAGCUCCCAUCGUUCAGGAACACAGGAGACCGGAGAUCCCCCCUUCCACCGCGCCCAGUGUCCACGGCAACGCCCCCGCCCUCCUGGUCACCACGGCGAUCGGCCAGGCGGCCUGCGCUAGCCCCAACUCCUCGCAGGGAGGAUCCCACGGCCGGGCAGCCUGCCCAGGGGAGGGGGAGAAGGACGGGGCGGGGAGGAGGCGCAGGUUGGAGUGCGGGGCAUCGGCGGGAGAGAGCACCCCAGGACAGCGGGUGUCAGCGGGAGAGAGCGCCCCAGGACAGCGGGCGUCGGGCGGUGACAGAGGGAGGUCGUGGUCCGGGAGCCCCAGCACCAGCCUCCUGCACUCAGAGAUCAAAGGCCGGGGUCCGAGCAGCCGCCAGGAGCGGGAGGUGCUGCCCCGCCAGGGCGGAGGGCGGCCCCCGGAGACGCCCGAGGCCGAGGCCUCCCGCCACCCGGGCCCCGUACCCGUCCCUCUCCGCUCCUCGCCUGGCCGGGCCCAGCAGGAGGGAGAGGAGGAGCCGGACCGCCCCCUGCCCCAGCCCCAGCCCACCCCUCCCCGGCGGCCGAGCCGAACUCCACCCGUGGAUGGGAGCCCGCCCGGCUCCGGAGAUCAGCGGGCGCAGCAGGCCGCGGGGCCCCAGGCUUGGGCCGGCCGAGAGCCCCCGGCCCAGCCCCCGGCCCGGGAGCCCUGCCGGGCCUCCCAGCCCCGGAUGCCGCCUCUCUCCGGCCCCCACCGCACUUGCACCGACCAAGGGGGCAGAGGGAAGCUAGCGCCCAGGCUGCUGCUGCAGCAGGCUGCCCGAUCCCCGGCCUCAGCAGUCAGCAGGCCCAGCCGCCCAGCCGACGAGGCCCCGGGGCAGGCCGAAGGCUCGGGGCCGGCCUGCCCGGCAGGCGGGGCAGAAGGCCGCUGGUUGCCCAGGCCCCCGCCACUCACCUGCGGCCUGCCAGCCAGGACGGCAGCCCCUCCGCCACCCCCUCCUACCGCCUCCGCCCACCCCAAGCCCAGCUCCCCUGAGCUGGCUCCCGAGGCCCGGCUGCCCGGCAGCGUGGAGACGGAGGCCGAGGCUCCGGGCCCCCGCCGCCAGGCUGCGGGCUCCCCCGGGCCCGAGGACAGCAGCCGGCUCCUCUGCCGGCGCAAGGCCCCAGCCUCGCCGCCCGACGGCGAGAUGUGGAUCAAGGCCGUCUUCACUGCCGAGGCCCAGAAGGGAGCGGCCGGCGAGGCCCGUCAGCACCACCGGCACCACCACCACCACCACCACCGGCACCGGCCCCGGCCCCGGCCCGCCGCCGAGCCCCACCCUGGACCGGGGCCCACUCCCACCCCGCCCCAGUCGCCCAGCAAGCGGCUUCCCCCGGAGCCUGAGGCCCCGGCCUCGCCCUCGCCCGGCCCCGGACGCGCCUGUGAGAACGCCACCAGCGCCCACCGCUCCGCCGGCAGGCCCAGGGGCUCCGAGUCACCACCCCCCCUGCCGCCCUCGCCAAACCCACCAGCCGCCGGCGGGCGAGCCGAGCGCCGCGGCAAGCACUCGUCCCGGGACCGUCACCGCCGGGGCAGCCGCGGCGGCAAGUCAGGCAAAGGGAAGCAGCGGCGCAUCCUGGGCAACAUCGACCUGCAGAGCAAGGAGAUCCAGGCCCGGGAGAAGGUCAAGGCUGAGGCAGGGGCCAAGCCCCCCAGGCCCUCGGCACCGGCCCUGGAGGAAGCAGACAGGGCGGAAGGCAAGCGGGCAGAGGUGCCGGCACCCGCCGGCAAGGAGCCUGACGCCGGCAGCCGCAGCUCCCUGGGGCCCUCGGACAUCCUGCGCGUCAAGUCCUUCCCCGAGGGCACCACCAAGGAGCUGAAGAUCAAGCUGGUGAAGGUGGAGAGCGGCGACCGGGAGACCUUCAUCGCCUCGGAGGUGGAGGACAGGCGCCUCCGGUUGUCGGACCUCACCAUCGACAGCCCCGGAGCCGAUAUCAUCGCAGCUUGCAAGUCCACCAAGCUGAAGGGGAAGUUCACGGAAUCGUGCGUGCUGCCUGCCAACUCGGUGAAGCCCGGCUGCCUGACAGAGCAGCAGGCACAGCGGGAGAAGCUGAACCCUCCAACGCCCAGCAUCUACUUAGAAAGCAAGCGAGAUGCCUUCUCGCCAGUGCUGCAGCAGUUCUGCACGGACCCCAAGACCCCAAUCACCGUGAUACGGGGGCUCGCCGGAUCCUUGCGUCUGAAUCUGGGCCUUUUCUCGACCAAGACGCUGGUGGAGGCCAACGGGGAGCACGCGGUGGAGGUACGCACCCAGCUGCAGCAGCCGUCGGACGAGAACUGGGACCCGUCGGGGGGCAGCCAGACCUGGCCCUGCGAGAGCAGCCGCUCCCACACCACCAUCGCCAAGUACGCCCAGUACCAGGCCUCCUCCUUCCAGGAGUCCCUGCAGGAGGACAAGGAGAGCGAGGAGGAGGAGAUGGAGCCCGAGUCGGAGGGAGCCACCCCGCCCGACAGCAGCGAGAGUGGACAGAAGGGGCCACUGAAAAUCAUCAAGUUCGGCACCAACAUCGACCUCUCCGACUCCAAGCUCUGGAAGCCACAGUUACAGGAGCUGCUGAAGUUACCAGCCUUUAUGCGGGUCUCAUCCAACGGGAACAUGCUGAGCCACGUGGGACACACCAUUUACGGGAUGAACACUGUGCAACUGUACAUGAAGGUGCCCGGCAGCCGGACACCAGGGCACCAGGAGAACAACAACUUCUGCUCGGUGAACAUCAACAUCGGCCCCGGGGACUGUGAGUGGUUCGCUGUACCUGAGGCGUACUGGGAGAAGAUCAGCGAGUUUUGUGACAGACACAAUGUGGACUACCUGACGGGCUCGUGGUGGCCGGUUCUGGAGGACUUGUACGCUGCCAAGAUCCCGGUGUACCGUUUCAUCCAGCGCCCUGGAGACCUGGUGUGGAUCAACGCGGGCACGGUGCACUGGGUCCAGGCCACGGGCUGGUGUAACAACAUUGCCUGGAACGUCGGGCCCUUGACUGCCUAUCAGUACCAGUUAGCACUGGAACGCUACGAGUGGAACAAGGUGAAGAAAGUGAAGUCCAUUGUGCCCAUGAUCCACGUCACCUGGAAUGCAGCUCGAACUGUCAAGGUCACCGACCCUGACCUCUACCGCAUGAUCAAGUAUUGCCUGCUGACCUCCCUGAAGCACUGUCAGCUGCUCCGCGACGCGCUCAUCAACAGUGGCAAGAAGAUCAUAUUCCAGAGCCGGGUGAAGGAGGAGCCCGCGUAUUACUGCAACGAAUGCGAGCUCGAGGUCUUCAACCUUCUCUUUGUCACGAGCGGCAACGGCAGCCGCAAAUCUUACAUUGUGCACUGUGAGGACUGCGCCCGGCAGCGGAGCCCCUUGCUCCUCAAUGUCGUCAUCCUGGAGCAGUACAAGAUGGAGGACCUGGUGCAGGUGUACGAUCACUUCACACUGACGCCUCAGUCAGCAUCAUCCAGAUGACGAGCUCUUCAAAAGCCAUACCAAAUGCUUCUCUCUGUCCGAGGUUCCCCACCCCCAGCCCCCCCCCCCACCAUCCCCACACCGUCCCACACCCACUGUCCCGCCAGAGACCAGCCUCGCCCUCUCACCCGGCGGACUUUUUUGUUUUGCAUCAACCAAUCAGCUACGUGUUUACUCGACCUCAUCAUCAGCGGCUGCAGCUGCUGGUUGCCCGCACGAGGUGGAAAAGCAAGAUGGCCGCCGCACAGGUGUGUGACAAGAUGGCUGCCCCGCAGGUGUGAGACAAGAUGGCCGCCCCACAGGUGUGACAGGAUGGCCAGCCCACGUGUGACAUAAGAUGGCCGCCCCACUGGCGUGAGACAAGACGGCCGCCCCAUGGGCGUGACAAGGUGGCCGCCCCACCGGUUGUGUGACAAGGUGGCCGCCCCACCGGUUGUGUGACAAGAUGGCCGCCCCACUGGCAUGUGACAAGAUGGCCGCCCCACGCAUGUGACAGGAUGGCCACCCUACUGGCGUGUGACAAGAUGGCCGCCCCAUGGGUGUGACAAGGUGGCCGUCCCAUGGGUGUGAGAAGAUGACCUCCCCUCCCCUCCCUCCCCGUUGUCACUGAGACGGGCGACCGGCUGUUUACGUUCUCGAACCUCUAUCACAACUUGAUGCUGCAGCAAUACCACUUUGGCCUUCGGAGACGGGAAGAGGAAGAGAGAAAAAAUGGAUUUAAAAAUAAACUUUUUUUAUUAAAAAAAAGUAAGCAUUAAGAAGUGGUUUUGGAUUGCUAAAUACGGGUUAUAGCAAGAAUUAUUUUUGUCUUAGCUUUCUUGUUUGUGUUUUUAUGUAUUGUGUCACUUUACUUUAGACACACAGACUCACAGUGAAGACCCCACGUAUAAAUUAUCCAUCUCAUCACCCAUUCGAUUUACCUCCAUUUUUUUAAAAGAAAAUUUCUAAUGUACAGUUUUUGGUUUUAUUUAUGAAAUUCUCUAUUUAUUCACUCUUAAUGGUUUUUCCCCUGAAUUUUCACAUUUUUAAAAACGAUUUAGUUUCAUUAAACUAAACACUUUCAGCUCCUGUACUUUAACCCAUUUGCACACUUUUUCCCCUCUUCCCUCCUCCUGCCUUUGUUCUUCUCUCUCUCUCUCUCUCCUUCCUUCCUCGUCCCUCCCUCUCUCUGCUCCUCUCGCCACCCUUGUCCUGAUCUCCCUCUGCACCUUAGGAGCCCACCCCUUAGACCUGGAUUAGAUCAAACUCGUUUUUUAACCCCUUUGAAUUGUGUGCUGUUAUUUUAAUCGUAAUUAAAGUUGCGCUAGGGGUUUUUUCCGAAACGCGAGAAUAAGUUUUGAGGCAAAGUUGAAGAUUCACUAUUUUUUUUGUUGGAUUUUAUGGCAAGGGUAUGUUUUGGAGUUUACUGCACUGUUAACACAAACUGAGCCAGAACUGUCUUAACUUUGUGAAAUUGUCUGACCUAAACAAUAAAAGCUUUUGAUAAACUUUA